UCCCUCAAGUUUGCUCCUUACCAUAAAUCCCAUUUCAAAAAAUCUGAAACCCCAUCUAUAUAAACCCUAAUUCAUCUCACCAUUCUUCACCCAUUCUUCAUCCAAUGGCUUCCAAAAUGCCAUCAGCCCUUCUUCUCAACCUCCUCUUCUUCACAAUGGUCACCUCCACCUACGUCCCUUGCCCACCGCCGCCAUCGAAGCCCUCCAAGGGAGCUCCCUCGACCAAGCUGCCUCCACAGCCCCGGUGCCCAAAGGACACUCUCAAGCUCGGUGUUUGUGCUGACUUGCUCGACGGUCUCGUGCACGUGGUGAUCGGGACGCCCCCGAAAACCCCAUGCUGCACCCUCAUCAAGGGCCUGACUGAUCUUGAAGCUGCUGCCUGCCUUUGUACCGUCAUCAAAGCCAAAGCCUUGGGGCUCAAACUUAAUGUCCCAGUUUCCCUUAGCUUGCUUUUGAACUACUGUGGAAAGAAGGUUCCUUAUGGCUUCCAAUGCCCAUAAAUUAAUCCUUUCCUUUUCAUGCUUAUUAUGCUGAUUUUAUCGCUGUGUCCUGAUGGGUUUGGAAAUCUUCCAAAGAAUUCCACCAUCUUCUAUAUGGUUCUAUGAGCUUGAUUGUAGCACUGUUCUUGUUUGUGUGUAAUUUAAAAGUAUAUUGAUACGUAGUUUGUUUUUU